CCCUGUCCCCAGACCUGAAAGCUGCUUUCUUCUUGUUAAGCAGAACUCUCAGGUCACUGGUGAUCCAAGGUUUAUUGUUGGGGUAGCAGUGUACAGUCCGGGAUGCAAUAGUAGUUUGUUCACAGAAUUUGAUGUAUUCUGUGAUACAGUCUGUCAUGCUGUUGAUGUCCUGCCCAUGUGGUCCACACAGCACAUCCCAAUCCGUAGACUCAAAGCAGUCCUGCAGAGUGUCAUUAGCCUCCUGAGACCAUCUCCUCACAGUCCUGGUGGUCACAGGCAGCCUCUGCGCCAGAGGAACAUACUUUGGUGUUAACAGGAUCAGGUUGUGAUCAGACCUGCCAAGGGGGGGGCAGUAGCACUGUAUGCGUCCUUUGCAUUUGCAUACAGUAGGUCCAGAGUUUUAUUGUUCCUUGUGGGGCAGUCAACAUACUGGUGUAAGGUCGGCAGGGCUUUAUCCAGAGUGGUGUGAUUAAAGUCUCCAGUAAUAGCCAAAAAUGCACCAGCAUGUUGACUCAGCAGUCCAGAUACAGUGGAGUGGAUUGUGUCCACUGCUACCUCAGCGUCAACUGAUGGCGGGACGUACACAUCCACAACAAUGGUGGACGUGAACUCACUCUGCAAAUAAUAAGGACGCAUCUCCAUGGCUAAUAGUUCAAUGUCUGGGCUACAGAAGCGUUCCUUUACACACACAUGGUCAGGAUUGCACCAGCUCUCGUUCGCAUACACGGCAAUCCCGCCACCUCUCUUCUUACCGCUCUGUACAACGGUGAACAUGUCUAUUAAGUGAUGUUGUCCCACAAUAAACCAGCACCAUUGGUUAUGUUCUUGACUUUUUUUUCAUUCCCUCUUGACAAAUACAGUUGGAUGAGUGAUGGAAGGGUUCGUAAACGACUCUAUUCCAAAUGAUCUAAGAGCCGAAGUUACAUUAGACAACCUUAACUCUGUCAUCGGUUCCUUAAAGCGACGCCAUCUCUGCCACAAAUUGUCAUCAGUAGAAAUCAUUCGACAUGACCAACAAAAACGAAUUGUCUCUGUACUCCUUGUGUUUCAGGAGAAUUAUGAGCGAAUGCAGGUUAUUGUUGAUGAGCUGAAAAGCCGGACGGAGAAGGUCAAAUUGGGUGGGGGAGAAAAAGCCAGAAGACUUCACACUUCCCGGGGGAAACUCCUGCCCAGAGAGCGUAUCGACAGACUGCUAGAUCCAGGGAGCCCUUUCUUGGAGUUCUCUCAGUUUGCAGCGUACGAGUUGUACGGAAAAGAGGAAGUCCCAGCAGGCGGUAUCCUUACUGGGAUCGGCCGGGUUUCAGGAGUGGAAUGUGUUAUUGUUGCAAAUGAUGCUACUGUCAAAGGGGGCACAUACUUCCCGGUGACGGUGAAGAAACACCUUCGAGCGCAAGAAAUAGCCCAGCAGAACCACCUGCCGUGCAUUUACUUAGUGGAUUCAGGAGGGGCCAAUCUUCCCCGACAGGCCGACGUCUUUCCAGACAGAGACCACUUUGGACGUAUUUUCUACAACCAGGCCAGGCUGUCCUCAGAGGGAAUAGCACAGAUUGCUGUGGUGAUGGGCUCCUGUACGGCUGGAGGAGCGUAUGUGCCUGCCAUGGCAGAUGAGAGCAUCAUUGUGCGGAAGCAAGGAACCAUUUUCCUGGGAGGACCUCCACUGGUCAAAGCUGCCACCGGGGAAGAAGUUUCUGCAGAGGACCUCGGUGGUGCUGAUCUUCACUGCAAAAAAUCUGGUGUGACGGACCACUAUGCUUUGGACGAUAACCAUGCCAUCCAUUUGGCAAGAAAGGCGGUGAGAAGACUGAACUACAGGAAAACUAUUGAGGUCACCACAGAACCCACUGAAGAACCUCUCUUCCCUGCAGAUGAACUCUAUGGCAUCGUUGGAGAUAACUUGAAACGCAACUUUGAUGUCAGAGAGGUCAUAGCCAGAAUUGUAGACGGCAGUAAAUUUGAUGAGUUCAAGGCUUUCUAUGGAGACACGCUCGUUACAGGAUUUUCAAGAAUAUUCGGUUACCCCGUCGGAAUCAUCGGCAACAAUGGAGUCUUGUUCUCGGAGUCUGCGAAAAAGGGAACGCAUUUCAUCGAGUUAUGCUGCCAGCGAAACAUUCCACUUAUUUUCCUCCAAAACAUAACAGGCUUCAUGGUGGGUCGAGAGUACGAGGCGGGCGGAAUCGCCAAGGACGGAGCGAAGAUGGUGACCGCGGUCGCCUGCGCCAAUGUUCCCAAGAUCACCGUUCUCAUCGGCGGCUCCUAUGGCGCAGGGAACUACGGCAUGUGCGGCAGAGCCUACAGCCCUCGAUUCCUGUACAUGUGGCCCAAUUCCCGAAUCUCCGUGAUGGGCGGCGAGCAGGCGGCCACCGUCCUGGCCACCAUCACCAAGGAUCAGAGGGCACGAGAGGGAAAGGAGUUCACAGCAGAGCAAGAGGCUGCCAUGAAGAAACCAAUAGUAGAGCGGUUUGAAGUGGAAGGCAGUCCAUACUUCUCCAGUGCAAGACUCUGGGAUGACGGUGUUAUCGAUCCCGCUGACACUCGGCUGGUUUUGGGACUGAGCCUCAGCGCGGCACUGAAUGCGCCGACGAAGAAGACUCGCUUCGGGGUGUUCAGGAUGUAAUGCUUGCGUAGCUUGUACAGGUGUGCACCUCAGAUGCGCACUGUACUCAAACUAGUCUUUCUUUGUAGUUUUUACUGUGAGGUGUCACAGCAACAAGAGCAACAAACGGGAAGAAAAAGAAAAGAAAAAUCACACGACCUUUGAUCGAUGGGAAUGUGAUCGGAUGGUGUGCUGUUGUGGGAUAUUUCCACUAAUUAGUUGUGCCUUAACUGUUACUGUUCCUAGUGUAAAUGCAAACUCUACUCUCUUUCACCUUUUUCCCCUCAAACUUGGAUUGUUUUUAAAAAAUAAAAUACUGUAAAUGAUGAAUUAUAAAAAUAUGAGAACAUUCAAAGUUGCUGUCGUUUUCUUCAGGACAACCACUGCUGCUAAUAGAGGAAUAUCAUAAGAACAAUCUGCAUAAGGGGGCGCUGUUUAGCUAUAAAUAUCUGACUGGCCACAGUCUAGCAGGAUGGCAGAAGACUACUCGAAAUGCCUUUUUAGAUAACAGCGUUGUGUUGACAGAGGAGCUGGUUUCAAGGAAAUAAUAAAAAUUAAAGCUGCGAGCAGCGAUGAACGGGCCCUCGCAAUCUGCAGCGCGUU